AUGCUCCUGUAUAUGAUUCUCUGUGGAUUAUUUUAUCUGUCAGCAGUGACUGAGUCUUCAGUGCUCACACAGGACUCUGGAGUUAUAUCUGCCACUGUUGGGGACAAUGUGACUUUACAUUGCUUCUGUGACAGCCAAGUGGCAAUGCACUUCUCCUGGUACCGUCAAACUUUGGGAAAAGGACCACAGGGCCUGUUUACUAUUUAUAAGUAUGAUAAAUCACCCAAUGUCUCACACUGGUCAGAGAAGAUUCCUCGAUUCUCUGUGGACAUGAAGGAAGGGACGAAUCAUUUACACAUCUCCACCGUCCAGCUCUCAGAUUCAGCUUCAUAUUUCUGUGGAAUCUCACACUCCCACAAGAUUGAAUUUGGAGAAGGAGUCUUUCUAAGUGUCAAAGAAGUCAACCACAAAGAAAUUAUCCAGGAGCCAUCAUCUGAGACCAUCAGACCAGGCGGCUCUGUGAUGUUCAACUGCACAGUACAAAGUGGAACCUGUGGUGGAGAACGCAGAAUUUACUGGUUCAGACACGGAUCUCGCCAGGGAAUAGUUCAGACCCACGUGGAUCAGUCUAGACAUGUCCCUAUGGCACCGUCACUGUCACAAAGCUGUGCCUAUCAUUUUCAGAAAAUGAACUUGAGCUCCUCUGAUGCUGGAACGUAUUACUGUGCUGUGGCCUCCUGUGGGGAGAUACUGUUUGGAAGUGGAAGCAAGCUGCUCAUCAGAGAUGAUGCUGAAGACCCAAUGGCACAGAUUCAAAUCUUAGUCUGGCUGUCCAUCACUAGAUUUGGGAUUCUGUUGCUCUUUCUAACUAUUUGUCUCUUGGUUUAUAUCAGUAAGAGAUGGUGA